AUGUCUGUACCAAGAUUCCAAAAAGUAAACUUUGGGGCACAAGAUAAUUAUAUUCCAGUCAGUGAAUUAAGCAAAAAAUCAUGGAAUCAACAACACUUUUCCCUAGAAUUUCCCAAACCAAUGCGGCCAGGAAGAAAAAUAAGAUCAAGACCUUCCCAAUUACAAGAUAAUACAGUUUCUAAAUAUGAUGAAGACCAAUUAACGGGAGGUUCUAGACGACCGUUAUGGAUGCACCAGUCUUUAAUGAAGAUUUCCGAAAGACCAUCAGUUUAUUUAGCUGCCAGGAGACAGCCUCUAUAUAAAGCAACUCAUCGCCCCAGUGUAGAGAGUAAGAGAGAGAAAGAAGACAAGGGCAAAUUAGAUUCAGUAGCUGAAUCCACAGACUCACGGGAGUCAAAAAAAUCUAUGAAAGAUUCAAAGAAAGAGCAGCGCAAGGGCUCAGAUAUAGAAUCAGAAAGUGAAAAAGGAGACACAAAGAAAGACUCAAAAAAACAUAAGAAAAGUUCAAAGAAGGAUAAGGGGUCUGGUUCAGAAUCAGAAGGGGAAAAAGGAGACUCAAAGAAAGACUCAAAAAAACAUAAGAAAAGUUCAAAGAAGGACAAGGGGUCUGGUUCAGAAUCAGAAGGGGAAAAGGGGGACACAAAGAAAGAUUCAAAAAAAGAUAAAGGUUCAAAGAGAAGCAAGGGGUCACCUGCAGAAUCAGAAGAGGAAAAAGGAGACACAAUGAAAGCCUCCAAAAGAGAUAGAAGUUCAAAGAGAAGCAAGAGGUCACCUGCAGAAUCUGAAGAGGAAAAAGAAGACACAAAGAAAGCCUCCAAAAGAGAUAGAAGUUCAAAGAGAAGCAAGGAGUCAACUACAGAAUCUGAAGAGGAAAAAGGAGACACAAAGAAAGCCUCCAAAAAAGAUAAAGGUUCAAAGAAAACCAAGGGGUCAGCUGUAGAAUUUGGAGAGGAAAAAGGAGACACAAAGAAAGCCUCCAAAAGAGAUAGAAGUUCAAAGAGAAGCAAGGAGUCAACUACAGAAUCUGAAGAGGAAAAAGGAGACACAAAGAAAGCCUCCAAAAAAGAUAAAGGUUCAAAGAAAACCAAGGGGCCAGCUGUAGAAUUUGGAGAGGAAAAAGGAGACACAAAGAAAGCCUCCAAAAAAGAUAAAGGUUCAAAGAGAAGCAAGGAGUCAACUACAGAAUCUGAAGAGGAAAAAGGAGACACAAAGGAACUCCGAAGAGAUAAAAGUUCAAAGAAGGGCAAGAAGUCAGCUGUAGAAUCUGGAGAUGCAACAAUAGAUGCAAAAGAGGAUAAAGGUGAGGAAAAAGAUACAACAAAAUCCAGUGAAAAAGGUGAUGAAUCAAAGGGUAAGAAAGAGUCCAAGAAAGAUGCCAAGAAAAGUUCCAAGAAAGAUGUCAAAGCAGAUGGUGACCCAGAAUCUGCUGAUGUGAAGGAUGAAAAGAAAGAUUCCAAGAAGGAAUUAAAGAAAUCAAAGAAGGAAUCAAAGAAGGAAUCAAAGAAGGAAUCAAAGAAGGAAUCAAAGAAGGGCAAGUAG